UGAGUGACAGUUGCUUCAGGAACCUUGCCGAGGAUCGUAGUGGGAUAAACCUUAAAGAUCUGGUCCAAGACCCUUCUUUGUUGGGUGGGACUAUAUCUGCAUACAAGAUAGUGCCAGAUGAAAUAGAAGAAAUCAAGGAGACGCUGAUAGAUUGGUGUGAUGAAAAGGAACUUAAUUUGAUCUUAACAACUGGAGGAACAGGGUUUGCACCACGAGAUGUCACUCCAGAGGCCACUAAAGAAGUAAUAGAGCGAGAAGCCCCAGGGAUGGCCCUGGCAAUGUUGAUGGGAUCACUUAAUGUUACUCCUUUGGGCAUGCUCUCUAGACCUGUGUGUGGAAUCAGAGGGAAAACUCUCAUAAUUAAUCUGCCAGGUAGCAAGAAAGGGUCACAGGAAUGCUUUCAGUUUAUACUGCCAGCCCUACCUCACGCCAUUGAUCUUUUGCGGGAUGCCAUUGUAAAAGUAAAGGAGGUACACGAUGAGCUUGAAGAUCUACCUUCACCGCCACCUCCUCUUUCUCCUCCUCCAACCACCAGCCCUCACAAGCAGACAGAAGACAAAGGAGUACAGUGUGAGGAAGAGGAGGAAGAGAAGAAGGAUAGUGGAGUGGCCUCAACAGAGGACAGUUCUUCUUCACAUAUAACGGCAGCAGCCAUUGCAGCUAAGAAGCAUCCAUCCUACACCAGUUCAGCUGUUAUCAUGGCAAAAGGUGAACAGCCCAUCCCUGGUCUCAUCAGUUAUUGCCAUCACGCAGCAGGCAGUGCAGGAGAACCGAUUCCAGAUUCCAUCAUCUCUCGUGGUGUUCAGGUGCUCCCACGUGAUACAGCUUCCCUCAGUACUACUCCUUCAGAAUCCCCUCGUGCCCAGGCCACCUCUCGUCUCUCCACCGCGUCCUGCCCAACACCAAAAGUCCAGUCUAGGUGCAGCAGCAAGGAGAACAUCCUCAGAGCAAGUCACAGUGCUGUUGACAUUACCAAGGUAGCAAGAAGACACCGCAUGUCUCCAUUCCCAUUGACAUCUAUGGACAAGGCCUUUAUCACAGUUCUGGAGAUGACCCCAGUGCUUGGAACAGAAAUCAUCAAUUACAGAGAUGGAAUGGGCCGAGUCCUUGCUCAAGAUGUAUAUGCAAAAGAUAAUCUACCACCAUUUCCAGCAUCAGUAAAAGACGGCUACGCUGUCAGAGCUGCUGAUGGCCCAGGAGAUCGAUUCAUCAUAGGGGAAUCCCAAGCUGGUGAGCAGCCAACUCAGACUGUGAUGCCUGGUCAGGUAAUGCGCGUUACAACCGGUGCUCCAAUUCCAUGUGGUGCUGAUGCAGUGGUGCAAGUGGAAGAUACAGAGCUCAUCAGGGAAUCAGAUGAUGGCACUGAAGAACUAGAGGUUCGAAUCCUGGUGCAGGCUCGACCAGGCCAAGAUAUCAGACCUAUAGGACAUGACAUUAAAAGAGGUGAAUGUGUGCUGGCUAAAGGAACCCACAUGGGUCCAUCUGAGAUUGGUCUCUUAGCAACUGUUGGAGUAACUGAAGUAGAAGUUAACAAGUUUCCAGUGGUUGCAGUCAUGUCAACGGGGAAUGAGCUACUGAAUCCUGAAGAUGACCUCUUGCCAGGAAAGAUUCGGGACAGUAACCGUUCAACUCUCCUAGCUACAAUCCAAGAACAUGGCUAUCCAACAAUCAACUUGGGAAUUGUGGGAGAUAACCCAGAUGAUUUACUGAAUGCACUGAAUGAGGGUAUCAGCCGUGCUGAUGUGAUCAUUACAUCAGGAGGUGUAUCUAUGGGGGAAAAGGACUAUCUUAAACAGGUGCUGGAUAUUGAUCUUCACGCACAGAUUCACUUUGGCAGAGUUUUUAUGAAACCGGGCCUGCCAACAACUUUUGCAACUCUGGAUAUUGAUGGCGUAAGAAAAAUAAUCUUUGCACUCCCAGGCAACCCUGUGUCAGCUGUUGUCACCUGCAAUCUCUUUGUUGUUCCUGCACUGAGGAAAAUGCAGGGUAUCCUGGAUCCUCGGCCCACCAUCAUCAAAGCCAGGUUAUCAUGUGAUGUAAAAUUGGACCCCCGCCCAGAAUAUCAUCGGUGCAUACUGACUUGGCAUCACCAAGAACCACUACCUUGGGCGCAGAGUACAGGGAAUCAGAUGAGCAGUCGUCUGAUGAGUAUGCGCAGUGCCAAUGGACUGUUGAUGCUACCUCCAAAGACAGAGCAGUAUGUGGAGCUUCACAAGGGGGAGGUGGUGGAUGUCAUGGUCAUUGGAAGGCUAUGAUGUCACCAGCAAGAGCGAAGCUUUGAUGCAUGUCCACAUAUCAUUGACUGUAUCCUGUAAUAUGCAACGGCACAGCUAGUUUUUCUGAUUUGGAUAAAGGUUGAUCAGUAUAGUCAACAUCUUGAAUUAUAUUUCAAAUGGAAUUUAAAUAAAUACCUUUUAAAAAAAACUUUAAAACAAAUCUUAACAAAGAAAUUUAUUCUGAUUAUAUCAAAGCAACUUUUUCCUUUCCUUGCAAUUGCUUUGUGUGUUCAAUGCUAGUUCCAAUAGCAGUAGCUUUUAGUAGACAGCAGUAGGUGCCUGCAGAACUUGUGUUUUUUCUCAUCUUUAAGAUACAACUACUUAUGCUCUUAAAACAAGGCUGUCUGCUUAUUUAUACUAGCGUAGACAACACUUGGAUUUCCCUUAUUAGUAUGCUUCAUAACCGCUUCACAGAGAGCUUCUGCUUGUUCUUUAUCUUGUAUCUCGUGUUGAUGUGCACAGUGCCAAAAGCAGAGUGGCUGCACUGGGAACCCAAUGAAGCCCCGAGGUUUUCUCACCUCGCUGCGCAUUCAGGGAUCUCUCUUGUCCCGGCAGCCACCCAGCUCAGUACUCUUGGGCAGUAACUGGAUACCUUUUAUUUCCACAAACAAAAAAAUUGCUUCCUUAAGUGCUGACAGCCUUUUUAACCAAUACAUUUAAAAAUGUACAGAACUAAAAAUUAAAAAAAAUCAAAGACUGAUCUUGUACAGAUAUUAGUGUUACCAGCAUUCGUGUGGAAAUUAAACGAGCGAAGAAAUAAAACUAAUGUUAAACAACUCUGUACCAUAACAUUUUCUGUAAUGAUAUUGAAACUUAAAUGAAUAAAAAAAAUCCUCAAUCAUUAUUUAAAA